UCACCGCCGACGUCAGAAGCAGACGAGCCAGCAAGGGAGGUACAUCGUGAGAUAAGCCGCUGACCUAGAAGGUUGUGCAUAUUUGGAACUGUUGUUUACCUGUCAAAGCAGCUGAGGAUGGCGUGCGACUCGCAAGCUGGACUCGAGGCUCAGAAGCUGAUAAGCAUUUCCCUCGGUAAAAUGGCGGCGUCGCGGGUGGGGCGGACGGGCGCCUCGCUGCACAAAUCCCUCCUGGUGGCGUCGGUGCUACACCGCGCCCGCCAUGUCUUUUUGGAAGAGAGUUACCACGUGCACCGCGCCGCCCACCCCGAGGCCUAUGCUGGGCCCCCUCCGGCAGCCCAGGGUGCACCCGUCAUGGCUGUGUACGCCCCGCUUCUGCCGUCCCCUGUGCCUGCAGCCCCUAUCGAGGAACCCACUGAGAGCGAGGAUAAGGAGAACCGCGUCAGCGACCAGGAGCCUGAGCCGUCCCCGCCGCAACCCCUGCCGGUGGAGCCCUGUAGUGAGGCGCCCCGGGCGCCGCUUGCUGAGAGUAACACCAACACUGCCAAUACCACCCCUAAGAAUAACAGAUCGGCGUCCCUUAAAAGGCGCCGGUGUGUGAGUCAGCAGGAGACGCAGGAGGCUGUGCUGUCCAUCCUGCCCAAGCGGCCCCGCACUUCCCCCUCGACGGACCCCGCGCCGGACCACCACAGCCACCUGCAGCAGGGACAACAGACGCAGCAGCAGCAGAGUGAUGCCAGCAACAGCAUGGAGGUGGAGCACAUCACGUCCCUGGUGUCGAUCUUCAGCUUCGGCGGCCAGCGGGUGGACCUGUGCGGCACUGAGGCGGCCAGGGAGGACCUGGCCCAGUUCCAGCCUGUGGCCUUGGCGGUGUGAGGCCAUGACAGUCCCUAGGUCUCCACGUGCCCACUUGUUAACUGCUGUACCUGAUGUGGCUCUGGCCCGCGCCUGCUAGUCAUCCCGCCCAGGUGGCCGCCGCCCCACGCCCUGCACCAGCGACGCCCUUCGUGUGGAUAGACAGACGAGGGAAUUAAGGAUGUACGGAAGUCGGGCGUCAUCACGCCCGCUUAGGAUUAUUAUUGUUGCUGCUGAUGUUAGUGCGAGAGUGGAGUGUUGUGAAGGGGACGGUGCUGGGGUGUGAGGGGCAGGGGCGGCUCCAGGGAUGUGUGGGUUCACCAUGAUGGUGCCCGCCUGUGUGUGGCUCAUCGCCUCACGCUGUUGUGAUAUUAUUGUACAGUUUAGUGUACAAACAGAGGAUUCUAUUUAUCACGGGCUUUUUGCGCCGGUGGAAUACUAGAAUAUAUUUUCUAUACCCCAUGUUGAAAAAAAGAGCAUAAUAAAAAUGCUGAAAGGUC